UUGAUUUUAACGCAGAUUCGCCCCAGUUUCUCUGAAACGAAGUAGACAGCCACCGUCUUCCCGGGCCACGGCGAUCAUCACCGCCGCGGCGCCGCCCAUAUCGACAGCAGAGCCGCUCGCCCAGUAGCCUCACCUCGCCCGCGCUUGUGGCGGCCAUGGAGGACUACCCAGAGGAGCUGCGGACGCCGCCGGUGUCGCUCGUGUCAAUCGUGGGGUGCCCAGAGCUGCACCCCUCGAUCUCGGCGGCACUCAGCUCCCAGCAGCCGCCCAUGAAUACUCUGGCCCUCCCCGACUUCGCCAAGGUCUCCAUCCUGGCCCGCAGCGGUAAGCCCCGCGACCCUCUCGCACCGCCGCACCCCCCCGCGGGAAUCCUCAAGAAGGACUGGCUCCUUAAACACCGCACCCGUGCCCCGGCCGCCGUCGCCGCGCUGUUCCGUGCUGACCAGGUCUCCGACGAUCCUGCCCAGUGGCUCAAGGCCUGCUCCGAUCUCGAAAACCUCAAGUAUGUUGCGUUGUUGAUCCCAAAUUGACUUCGCGCGGUCAGAGAUUUAGUUACGAGUCUUAAGAUGCUAAUGUACAACUUAUCAACCACUUGGGAACUAGGAAGCACCACCCACACUUUAUUGGCAGCAGCUAGUAGUAUAACCGAAGUUGGCGGCAAGUGAUUUUUGUUUGUCGCACAGGUCUGCAAUUCAGAGGAAAAACACUAAAUUAUUGGUGGUCCUUGUGCAGGCUCAAGCUAGUGAUGAGUUAAGUGAGGAUGUAACGGUUGCCCUGAGGAAACGUGCGGAAAUCGAUUCCAAUCACUUGGUUGUGUUGGUUGAGCACGAUGAAGCAGAAUGGAACAGAUCUCUGAACAAAUUGAAGAGUGUGUUUGCGGAGUUAUGUGUAGCAUUCUAUAAAGAGGAAGGGCUAAGGAUAAAGGCUCGCAUUGAGAAAUUUUUUUUGCUUCUGUCGAGCUGAGCAUCCGGUACUGCUUCAAGGUUGCUAUUUAUGCGGAGUUUAGAAGGGAUUGGCCAGAAGCAUUGAAGUUCUAUGAGGAAGGUGUUCGUGUUUUGCGUGAGAUGAUUGGAACUUCGACAAGGUUGCCUCCAACCCAACGCCUAGUUGAGAUAAAAGCAGUUGCCGAGCAAUUUCACUUUAAGAUAUCGACCUUGCUACUUCAUGCUGGGAAAGCGGUAGAAGCAAUCACAUGGUUCCGUAAGCAUAUCAGAAGCUAUGCACGGGUUCUUGGAACACCAGAAGUUGCUUUUCUUCACUGGGAAUGGUUUAGCCGGCAGUUCCUCGUCUUUGGUGAGUUGAUAGAAACAACAUCUACAACUAUUCCAGAUACAUUAUCUCCUAGAUUUGGCACUGCAGACUAUGGAUUGACUGAGUGGGAAUUUCAGCCAGCAUACUACUAUCAGUUAGCGGCAACUUACUUGAGAGAGAAGAGGUAUGCCAUCGAAUGUUCAUCAUCAAUGGCUAAUCUUACAACAGAAGUUAAUGGAGUACCUGAGUCAGUAAUGCCUUCUGUAUAUGUUGGCCAAUAUGUGCGCUUGUUUGAGCAAGGAGAUACAGUUAGUAUACUACCCCUUUCUGAUACUGAAUACACCAGCUAUGCUUUGUCAGAAGCUGAAAGAUUUCAAGAUUCUUAUGAGAUAAUAGCACUGUUCAGAAAAGCUUAUGAAUCAUUUCAGAGCCUAGGUGCUACAAGAAUCGCUUCUGUCUGUAGCGGUGGAAUGGCCAUGGAAUAUUAUGCAGCUGGGGAUUUUAGCAAUGCAAAACAGCUUUUUGAUAAUGUUGCUGGUCUGUACCGCAAAGAGGGUUGGACCACUUUGCUCUGGGAGAACCUAGGAUACUUGAGAGAGUGCUCAAUGAAACUUAAUUCCCCAAAGGAUUUUAUCAGUUAUUCCCUAGAGAUGGCUGCAUUACCAUUAUUUUCUCGUAGUGAAGAGGAAAAUCGAGAAAACAAAAUUAAGAGUGGGCCUGCAGGUUCCCCUACCAUUUCCAGGAGAGAGAAUAUACAGCAGGAAGUUAUUAAUGUUUUGGAAAGAAAUCAGUCAUCAGAGGGAACCGAUGAUGGAUUUAAUAAUGCGAUGGAAGAAGUUACUCACCUUGAUAUUGAUCAGAUAAGUUCGCUAAGAAUGGUACUUACUACGUCUGUUGCUUUUCUUGAUCAAUCUGUAAAACCUGGUUCACCUUUGCUUGUCAGCGUGUCACUCUUAUCUCAUCUUCCUUCUCCAGUUGUGGUUGAUCAGUUGGAGGUUCAAUUCAAUCAAUCUGACUGUAACUUUGUGAUACAUAGUAGACAGGAAGAUUCUCCUCCUUUCUAUUCAAAUUUGCAUGACCAAGUUGUUCAAGAUACUUCUCUUACACUCUUCACCAAUAGAUGGAUGCGGUUGACACAUGAAGCAAAAUCAGAGUGGAAAACUAGAAUGUUUGUCUGUGAAGGCGACAAUAAAAAAAAUGCCUUGUGAUUUGCUGCCACGCUGAAAGCCCUGCUUCCAUGGAAGACUUCCCAUUAUGGAAAUUUGAGAACCAAGUGGAGACAUUGCCCACAAGGGACCCUCUGCUCUUGCCUUUUCUGGACAGAAACUUAUUCAAGUUGAAGAGCCAGAUGCUCAAGUUGACCUUGUCUUAAAUUCUGCUGGCCCAGCUUUAGUUGGAGAAUUAUUUACUGUACCGGUGAGCAUAGAGUCAAAAGAGCAUGCAGUCCAUUCUGGUGAGCUGAAAAUUAACCUCGUUGAUGCCAGAGGUGGUGGUAUGUUGUUGAGUCCAAGGGAAGCGGAAGAUUCUGAAAGUCACCAUGUUGAACUUCUUGGUGUCUCAACUGUGUCCGAGGACAAAGAGUCGAAGGAAGAGGCCGAUAGCAUAAGAAAUAUCCAGUAUUCAUUUGGGGUUAUAUCUGUUCCCACAUUGGGUGUGGGUGAUUCCUGGUCGUGCAAACUAGAAAUCAAACGGCAUCGAGCAAAAUCAGUCAUGCUUUAUGUUUCACUUAUAGUGUGUUUGGUUUGAGGAAUAAAGUGAUUCAUCUUCUUCUCA